AUGACUGUACCAAAAGGCUAUCACUUUACGCCUACAGAUCAAGAACUCCUUCUAAAAUAUCUCGACAAGAAGUGUACGAACGAAGCCCUGCCUUGUGACGUCGUUAUCGAUCGUGAGAUUUACGGCGACAAAGCCCCGUGGCAGAUUUUUAUGGACGAAGAAGAAGACCCAUGGGAGAUAUCCAAAACCAAAGACAAGAAGACAGAUUUAUGGAAGACAGAAGGUACAAUCUACGUUUUCACGACCUUGAUCAAGGCCAGCCAAAACAGGAUUGCCAGAAAAGCCGGUUGUGGCUCAUGGCACGGAGAGACGGCUCGUGAAGAAGUUAAGAACGGUAAAUGUGCAAUAGGGUACAAGACAACGUUGUACUUUGAGAUUGCCGCCGACGAACCUAUUGCAAUGGACGGGCCUGUGAAAAAAGGCCACUGGAUCAUGCAAGAGUAUUCUCUCCGUGAUAGCAAUACUGAUAAAAGUAAAGGCAAAUAUGUUCUUUGCAGGAUAAAAAGAUUUGAUGCAAAGUACACCAAGAUUUCUCCGAGAAAAAGAAAGAUUGUUGAGGCUGCCACUACUGAUAAUGACCUUGUAGUUCCGAAAUCCGCAAAGCGUCCGAAAUCUGCAAAGCGUGUUAGACCUGAGGUUAUGCAAGAAAAGAAGAUGGAGUGUGUUAUUACUGCGACACCGGAUACAGAAGUUGUUCCCUUCUCAAAAGAUCAACAAUUUGUGCAAGAUCAGAAUUUUCUAAUGAGUGAUGAUGCGAAUGAGUUAACCAUUGAAGAACUUGAAGCUAUUUGGGAACAGGAGGAGCAAGAAAGUUGUUCACCUUGGCAUUGUGAUAAUUCUGCACUAGUUCAUUGA